AUGAAGACUCCAAAACAAAUUUUGUCACAACGGCAAAGAACAUUAGCGAAAAGUCUAAAAGACUUUAAUUUUGAAUGCAUUGGAACAGCUCAAACCGAUGAUGAAACCGUGAUAUGUGCUAGUCUAAGACAUUUUGGCCAACUAAUAGAUAGUAUUGAAGAUGAACGAGAUAGAAUGUUAGAGCAAGCCCACCAACAAAUAAUACUUUCAUUAGAAGAUUUUCGUAAAAAACAGAUUGGAGGUGUCAAAGAAAAUAAAAAAAAAUUUGACAAGAAGACAGAAAAAUUUUGUCAAUCACAAGAAAGAUUUUUAAAUAUGUCAACAAAGAAACCGGAAAAUACAAUACAAGAGGCUGAUGCCAGUUUAGGAAUGCACGAACGUGAAUAUAUUAAUGAAUCAUUAAGUUAUGUGCUACGAAUACAGGAAGUACAAGAGAGAAUAAAAUUUGAAUUUGUUGAAAUUUUAUUAGCAUUUGUACAAGGAUGGAUGGUAUUUUAUCAUUCAGCACACGAUGCCGGUAGAGAUCAGGCUGAUUAUUUAAAGGAUUUAACACAUAAAGUUCAAAAGACAAGAGCAAAUUUUGACGAGGCACGAGAAAAAGUCAACGAACUUAAAAGUAAAUAUAUGGAAAAAAAGACGAAACCUGAAGAAAAGUUUACGAAGCGGGGCUAUUUAUUUUUAAUGGAAAAAAAACCCUUCAAAGCAACAUGGACCAAAUAUUAUUGCACUUACAAAAAACAACAAAAACAAUUUACCAUGUUACAAUUUAAUCAAAUAUCUGGGCGAGCCGAAUCAGCAAUUGAAACUGUAACAUUACAAUCGUGUCAAAGAAGAGCAUCAGAAUUUGAAAAACGCUUUUGCUUCGAUUUAAGUUUUAAAGAAAAACCACAAGUUAUUUAUACUUUUCAAGCAUUAAGUGAAGAGGAUCGUAAAGCUUGGAUUAAUGCAAUGGAUGGAACUGAACCGACAUAUUUACAACCUGGUAAAGCAAAAGGGGCCGAGGAAUAUCAAUUAGAUGAAGUUGGUUUUACAUUUGUAAGAAAAUGUAUUGAAGUUUUAGAGAGUCGUGGCCUAGAAGAUGAAGGAAUAUAUAGAAAAAGUGGUGUUGGAACAAAAAUUGCUAAAUUAUUAUCAAUUGGUAUGGAUAGGAAAAAGACUGAAAUAGUAUUCACUGAUGAACAAUAUCGUGAUCUAAUGGAGAGUAAUACAAUAGCCAGUGCAUUAAAAACAUAUUUAAGAAAUUUAAGUGAACCUUUGAUGACAUAUAGAUAUCACAAUGGAUUUAUAAUGGCAGCGAAACAAGAAAGCUUAAGGCAACGAGUACAUGAUGUUCAUACGUUAGUGCAUCGGCUUCCUAAAGCAAAUUAUGAAAUGUUGGAAAUGGUUAUUAGGCAUUUGACAGAGGUCGCCCGAAAAUAUGAACGAAAUAAAAUGUCAGUUUUUAAUUUGGGUGUAGUAUUCGGUCCAACAUUACUUCGUCCACAAGAGGAAACUGUUGCUGCUAUAUUAGAUAUUAAAUUUAAUAAUAUCGUUAUAAAUAUUUUAAUAGAAAAUUAUGAUUUAAUUUUUAAAACGGCACCUGGUUCGGGUGCACCAAUUGAUGCAAGUCCACCAUUACGCACAUCAAGACAGCAUACAAGUAAUUCAAAUAGCGGACAUAAUGGACCAACAAAACCAGCAUCAUCAUCAAAUUCAACGUCACGUAACAGUUUAAUGUAUUCACCACAGCAACAAGUUUUUAGAUUUGUAGCAAAAUCUAAUUAUACGGAUCAACCAAUGUCAUCAAGUUUACAAAGCAUUCCAAAUGGUAGUAUAUAUAUGAAUACAUCACCAGGUAGUACAUCGACUGGUGGUGGUAUCAGUAGCAGUAAUGGCUCUAAAAAUAAUGGUCAUGCUAUUAAUAGUUUACCUAAAAAUGUUCCAUCAGGAAUGAGUAAUAGUAUCACCGUUACAGGUGGUGGUAAUAAUAGUGUUGGAGGCGGUAAUGGAAGUAUUGUAGGAAGUAGUGGUGGUAUUGGUAGUGUAAAAAAUCAUCAUCAAUUAUCACCGCAUAUGGCGCUAUCAGAAAGUGAUAUUAGUAUUAGAAGAGAACCAACAUAUGUUUCGGUUAGCAGCAAUUUAUUAACUGGAUCAAAUGGACCAAUUAGUAAUAGUGGAGGUAGUAGCGGUGGUGUCGGUGCUAAUUUAAAUAAUUCAUCACAUCAUCAAAAUCAAUCAAGUUUAAGAAGUGAAUAUUUAUUAGCAUCAAUGCCAACAGCAACAGCACAACCAAUUAAUCAUAGAGAUCGUUUAUCAUCAAGUCAAAGUCAUGUGUCAUCGGUUGUUGGAAAUGUAAAUACAACAUCACCACAAUCAAAUGCUCAUAGAAAUUUAGAUGAUACUAGAUCUUUAAUAUAUGGUCAAACAACACAUUCAAGGCAUAUGACAUAUGCAACAGCUAAACAUUAUCCUGGUAGAGAACAUUCAACAAGCAGUUCCAAUGAAUCAGUAUGUGAUUCAAUAUCAUCAAAUCGUGACAAACAAAUAGGACGUUUAAGUUCUGGUUUAACAUCAACAACAAUAACAUCUCGCGGUGGUAGUACAGAUUAUGUACCAUCACCAUCAUCAAUUAAUUCAUCAAUAUCAACAUUAUUAGUUGAUGAUACACCAACACAUUCCAGUGAAUAUCCAGCUCCAAAGAAAAUUCAUCGAACAAAAGAUAUUAAUCAAAUUAAAAAAGAUUUACAAGCUGGAACUGCACGAGUGAGAACAUUAUACGCUUGUUUGGGAGAAAAUGAAGGUGAACUUUCAUUUGAACCAAAUCAAAUUAUCACAAAUGUACGAUAUUCACAUGAACCUGGCUGGCUUCAGGGUACAUUAAAUGGAAAAACUGGUUUAAUACCAGAAAAUUAUGUUGAACAUUUAAAACCCUACCAUUCAUUAACAUAAGCACAUUAAUUCAACAGUAUGAAAAAAAAAAUGAAAUGUGAAUGAAUUGUAUUUUUAAAUUAAUUUAAUUUAAAUUUAACUCGAAAUGGUGAUAAUUUUUUUUUUCGUAAAACUACAAAAUAUUUGUUUUAUAAAUCCUUGGAUUUUUUUUUUUUAUUAAGUAUAUAAGAAACACCAUUGUCCAGAACACAACUGACAAAAAUAAUGUUCAUAUAUUAUUGUGACUAUUAAAUUAAAUAAAAAAACAAAUUAAACACAAUUUAGUAAAAAUUUAAACAAAACAAACAAAAUAUAAAUGGCCAUUUAAAAUUUAGGAGAGACGUAAUUAGGGAAAUUUAAUGUAAAUUUAAUUAAAAAGUAAAAAUUAUGUAAAACAAAAAAAACAAAAUUAUGUUACAAACAUUGUAAAAAUUAACUAAAAAUAAUUAAUUUAUUAUCCAGUACAUAUUUAUACAAACAUACAUUGAAGAAAAAAUGAAAAAAAAAAGUAUUUUUUAACUCUGCA